AUGCCGGGCCAACCACCAUCACGAGAACUCUUCGCCUUCAACGAAGGCAAGACUUUCAUCGCAAAUAUAGUAGUCCGUACUAACGGCACCCUUCUCUUAAGUACAUUCGAGAACGGUCGUCUAUACUCGUUAGAUCCACACGCCGCUACGCCAAAAGUCGAACUAGUCGCUGAGUUCCCCGGCUCCAAUGCGAUAAGCGGCGUUGUCGCAAAUUCACCUGAUGUCUUCACUGUUACCGGUGGUGACCAUAGACCAUACCGGUAUGCAUUGGGGUCAAUGAGGGUGUAUACCGUUUCCUUCCAGCAGCCUGGCCAACCUGCGGUUGUGAAGACGGUAGCGGAGGUACCUGACACUGAGAUGCUCAACGGCAUUGCUUCUCUUCCCUCUCAACCUCAUAUCGUCUUGAGUGCCGACUCGGUCAGGGGCCGAAUCUUUCGCAUCAACACUAGCACUGGCGCUGUAGAUGUUGCAUUUUCCGACCCAGCUCUGGAGCUGAACGAAGCAGUUCCCAUAGGCGUUAAUGGAAUUAGAAUCUUCGGACCACACCUUUACUUUGUAAAUUCCGCCAAAGGAUAUUUCGGUCGUAUCCCUAUUGGACCGGACGGUAGUAAAGUGGGAGAUGUCGAGAUCAUUGCUCACACACCCGAAACGAUAGGCCCGAGCAGUGCUUAUGACGACUUUGGUAUAGCACAACCCGUUGGUGGAAAUCCCACGGCCUAUGUCACUGCCCAUACGAACAAGGUUUAUUCCAUUGACUUGGUGACUGGCGAGCAGAAGCUUUUCUUCGGCGGAGGCGACAGCACUGCUCUCAAACGCCCGACGAGCGUUGCUGUAGCUAAUGAUGGCAAGAGUAUUUACGUUACUACCGCAGGAUUCGAAACUCUAGGUGGACCUGCUAAGGGACAGGUUGUAGAGAUUCCAAUCUAG